UUCUUUCUCUCUCUUGACCGCACUAAGAAAGAAAAUUUUUUCAGGCAAAAACAACUACAGAGAAAGAAAGAGAUGAAUUUAGGGAACGAAAAAGAAGAGAAGAAGAAAAUAACAAGAAACCAGAAAAUCUCACCAUGAAAGCUCGUAUUCAUAAUCAUCAUUAUCAUUUUACUCUCUUUUUGAUUCUAUUAACAAUAUUGCCAUCAUCAUCAUCAAUUGGAUACACUAGUUGUCCCGAAACUCUGAGAAGAAUCCUCCACCAGCCUUUAUACCCAGCCAGCUCAGCUCCACCACCAGACUCUGAAUCAUCGUCCUCACCACCGCCGCCUCCGCCUUCCGACAAUCAAGUUUUUCCUACUCCAGACCAGCCUUUCUUCCCUGAGGUCCCAACUGGACCGGCGACUCCGGAUCAAAGUCAAACGCCACCAGCAUCACCAGCCAAUGGAACUAUACAAAUCCCAACGGCAACACAACCGGCAAAACCGGCUAAGAAAGUGGCAAUUGCAAUAUCUGUUGGGAUUGUCACUCUUGGAAUGUUGUCAGGUCUCGCAUUCUUUUUAUACCGACACCGAGUUAAACAUCCGAGUGAGACUCAAAAACUCGUCGGAGACAAUUCUCAGAGAUUUGCUGAUGAAUCGAUAGUUCCUUCUUCUAGUGUUCUUUAUAUGGGCACUGUACAACCAGGUAGAACAUCAGGUGAAUUGAAUGGUACAACAAAUGAAGCAGCCAAUGUUUCUCCCUAUCGAAAGCUAAAUUCUGUAAAGAGAUCUGAUCGUUAUAGGCCUAGCCCCGAUUUACAGCCUUUGCCGCCAUUGCCCAGGCCUCCUUCACAAAAUGAGAACGAUAAUUCUCCGCCUUCCUCUGUUUCAUCGUCCGAUGAAGAGAGCCACGGCACUGCGUUUUAUACUCCUCAGGGCUCCUCCAUUAGCAACGAGGACGGUUAUUACACACCGAUGACAAUUUCUGCUCCGCGUUCCGUUAGUAAUAACUCUUGGGGGAAGUCUGUUAACGUUAAUUCUGUUCCUCAUUCUAAACGGACUUCUCCUAAAUCGCGGUUCUCUUCGAUUUCUUCACCGGAAAUGAAGCACGUGAUUAUUCCGUCAAUAAAGCAAUCAUUACCGCCGUCAGUGCCCAUGCCGAUUCCUCCUCCAUCUCCACCACCUCCAGCAGUGGUAGAGCAGGAUACAACUGAGAAUAUUGAGCCAACAAAUUCUUAUUUCUCUAAAAGGCCAAAAUUCUCAGCGCCUCCACCACCGCCAAAUAUGGCACGUCUUCGAUCAAUAAACGUUCAGCAACCAAAUAAAAUUCCAGCACCACCACCACCUCCACCGCCACCACCACCUCCACCUCCACCGGCAACAACAACUCCAAGACAUAGAGGGUCCACGGAACCAGCUAAAACGAGUGUUUCCUCGACGCCUAGCUCCGUAUCAUCGAAGCAGCAGUCGUGGACGUCAAGCCCUAGAGCCAUGUCCAAGACCAGAACGCCAAAAAGUACCGAGCAAGUAGAAAGAGGGAUGAUAAGUUCAUCAGAGAAAGUUGAUGCAGAGGAGCAAGAUGGAGCAAAGCCAAAGUUAAAGCCUCUGCACUGGGACAAAGUGAGGGCUACCUCAGACAGAGCCACAGUGUGGGACCAGCUUAAGUCCAGUUCAUUUCAAUUAAAUGAGGAUAUGAUGGAAAGUCUUUUUGGCUGCAAAUCAACGAAUUCAGUUCCAAAAGAACCCACAAGAAGAUCAGUUUUGCCUCCUGUUGAGCAAGAGAACAGGGUAUUAGAUCCCAAAAAGUCACAGAACAUUGCUAUUUUGUUAAGAGCACUGAACGUGACCCGAGAUGAAGUCUCUGAAGCUCUUUUAGAUGGUAACCCAGAAAGCUUGGGUGCUGAGCUUUUGGAAACUCUGGUAAAGAUGGCUCCAACCAAAGAGGAAGAAAUCAAACUUCGACAAUACAAUGGUGAAACCUCCAAACUAGGAUCUGCAGAACGAUUUCUCAAGGCAGUUCUUGAUAUUCCAUUUGCCUUUAGGAGAGUUGAAGCCAUGCUAUACAGAGCCAAUUUUGAUACAGAAGUUAAAUAUUUGAGGAAAUCUUUUCAAACCUUAGAGGCAGCAAGUGAGGAACUAAAGAAUAGCCGAUUAUUCCUAAAACUUCUCGAAGCUGUUCUGAGAACAGGGAACCGAAUGAAUGUUGGCACCAAUCGUGGCGAUGCUAAAGCAUUCAAACUUGAUACACUCUUAAAACUUGUAGAUAUAAAAGGAACAGAUGGGAAAACAACAUUGCUACACUUUGUGGUCCAAGAAAUCAUUAGAUCUGAAGGUGCAAGUACUGAUUCUACAAAUGAGAAUCCUCAAGAUAGUACAAACUCCAAGUUCAGGGAGGAGGAUUUCAGGAAACAAGGAUUGCAGGUUGUGUCUGGGCUGAGUAGAGACCUCAGCAAUGUCAGGAAGGCAGCAGGAAUGGAUUCUGAUGUCUUAAGCAGCUAUGUCUCAAAACUCGAACUGGGGCUUGAGAAAGUCAGAUCAGUUUUGCAAUAUGAGAAACCAGAUAUGCAAGGGAAAUUUUUCAACUCAAUGAAACUGUUCCUAAGAGAGGCGGAAGAGGAAAUUGCUAGAAUCAAGGCUGAUGAAAGAAACGCUUUAUCACUUGUGAAAGAGGCCACAGAAUAUUUUCAUGGGGAUACAGCAAAAGAGGAAGCCCACCCUUUCAGGAUUUUCAUGAUUGUAAGAGAUUUCCUAAAUAUAUUGGACCAUGUAUGCAAAGAAGUGGGAAAGAUGCAGGAUAGAACAAUGGUGGGCUCUGCUAGAUCGUUCCGAAUAUCUGCAACCGCUUCUCUACCAGUUCUCAACAGAUACAAUAUGAGACAAGAUAGAAGUUCAGAUGAGGAAAGCUCUUCUCCUUGAAACCAUGUUUAUAUCAAAUACAUGAACCUUUAGGAAAACAAAUGGAAUUUGUCCGAUAUUUCAAAUGGUUAUAACAUUCAUUUCAAACUGAAGCAGCAGUAGCAGCAGCAUGGUAUAUCUCUUUUAUUAUUAUUAUUUUUAAUUAAUUACAAGCAUGUGGAAAAGUAGGAUGAUGGUGAAGAAAGAGAGAUUCAGAAAUGGUCUUUCAUUUGUCAACAAAAAUCCCAGUUCAGAUAUUAGUUCGCCACAGAAGGAGAAUUAUUUAGAUAUAAGCCAUUCACAGACCAAAUGUAUUGUAUGAUAAAGAACAGAAAAUUUUGGGAAGGAUUUAUCCAAAUCAAGGAAGAAUAUGGAAUUACAAAAUUGGUUUUUUUAUCAGGCAGAAGAAAAAUGAAAGGCUUGUGUUGUCUACUAAACCUUUAGAGCAGAUUCUAAUACAUUUUCAAGGACGGAUGUUAUGAUAAUUACUUGCAUUACUCCUAUUUGCAUUUAUUCAAUAUUUACUGAUAAAUAAUAACUAGCAGUUUUUCUUGGUGCUUCAA